GCGACCAAGACAUGAUCGUGUCGGCUGGCGGACUUAAUGAACGGGGCCUCUAAGAUUGUGGCCACAGCCACGAAGUGAGCUGUACUUAAACGUGCCAAGUGGCGUCCAGUAAUUUGCAAGUAUGCUUGCAGUCGACAAGGCUGUGUCGUAUUCCGUUACGGCAUAGCACCUGCCCAGUGUCGAAGGGCUUUACGCAGCCUUGUGGCAAGCUCAGCAUCUUAGAUGAGGGGCACUCAACCCCAUGUUCAGAUGCCAUUGCCUUUUUUUUUAACUGUCGGCGAAGUAGUCCUUCCCACUGAAACAUGAUCGCAGUCGAACAAUCCCCAAGAACACUUAGAUUCCAGUAAUGUUCUCAUCAAGACCUCCGAACGGACAUGCAUCGACGCAGCUCAAGCCAUGGGAAGAGAUCGGCUAUCGUGGCUUUUCUGCGUUUCUCGCGUCAGAUAAUGACUUUCUAAUCUUCCGCAGAUUUGGGUCUCUGAAUGCACGACUACUUUUAUACCUGCAAGACGAGAUCAGCGUCCUGGAAGCAGACCUCGAGGAUCUAGAAGCCAAAUACGUGGUAGAUGGCGCGAAGGAUAUCCAUAACGGGUCGUUCCGACAAGAGGCAUUACCAGAGCGAACAGCAUUACUCGCAACACUGAAUAUAAAGGUCAGACAAUACAAUGAACUCCUCAUCCAGCACUCUACCCUUCGCGCCCGUCCACACGUCCCGAAGCGCAACAUAACUAGCAUAGCAAACUGGUUCUACAACACGCAGAAUGCCAUCUGGAAAGACGAAGCAGCAUACAUUAAGCAAGAAAACGAUCUCAUCCAGCUCGUACCUAAAACCGCAACGCCAUUACGACACUUUCUCGAGAAGUCAACGCACUUUCGGCUGUCCAAGCUGUGGAAGAAGGAUCCUCCACCUCUCCCCGUGCACAGCACGCAUCCCGAGACGCUGCAUUAUAGCUCCGAUGCGCGCAUCGACAACUUCAUAGGGAUCACGAUCACAGCCCUGGGAAUGGGCAUGUUGAUAGCACCGUUGUGGGCUUUGGCGUAUGUGGGUGGGAUGAAGAAAAGGUUGUGCAUCGUCACGGGGUUCAUCGUCUUGUUUCUGGGGCUUCUGGCGUUCACGACGGUUGCGAAGCCUUUCGAGAGUCUUGCUGCGGCGGCGGCGUAUUCGGCCGUUCUGGCUGUGUUCUUGCAGUCUGCGAGUUGAUGUGUUCGCUGCCGAUUCUCUGCAAUGUGCCAGUACUAUGGGAGACUUCUGUCGUUCUGGAGUGUAUAUAGUGAUAUUGUUGUAAUGGUCGAGUUGGAGACGAAAACACUGAGAAGAAAGAUAGUAGAGGAGUCGGUUAGGAAGAGGGUGGCUGUUUCGUUAAGCUGUAGAACGUAGCUGUCUCACUUG